AUGAAACGAAAAUUCGUUACCCCCUUCAAGAAUCCACCACCAUCAGUAAAGCCUUCUUCUUCUUCUGCUGAUACGACCGAUAAAGCCUCUUCAACAAGUUCCAAAAACGUAAAAACAACAACAACCACUUCAUCAUCAAGUGGUUCCAAUCCUGCUGCUUCGCAAAAUUCCAAUGGCAGUCAGGAUCAACAGAACUCUUGUUCGAAUUCAGCCGUGAAGUCAUCCGCUCCUUCUUCCUCAUCAUCGGGUUCCAAUGCAAUCAAGAAGAAGUUUGUUCCUCCCACUCGAACAAAGCCAAUAGAGGAAAUAAAUAAUUCUGCAAGUAAUGAUGAUGAUGAAGGAGAGGUUUGGACAGUCAUGCAUACCAAGAACACUAAUAAGAAACACAAAACCUUUGAUGAUGGAAUAUUGCUCAUUAAGAAUAAGAGAUACACUUUGUUUGAUUCAAAUGGAAAACAAUUAAUCGCCAAACCUGUUUCAAAAGUUGAAACUUUUCGAGAAGGAGACCAGAUGGUAUUGGGUGGAAAAUUAUGUGAAUUCAUGAACAAAAUCAAAAUGGAAGACUACGUUAGUGGAAGAAUUUUUCUACAAUACAACUCAAACUUGACAAGCAAAACAUCAACAUCCUUGAUAUCAAAAACUGCUACAACUAAAUUCAAACCUCACAAUACGACCAAGACUGCAGGUCUAGGAUAUAACAAUAAUGAAGUGGAGGUUAUUAAAGCACCUGAAGGAACUUAUAUUUUGAAUGAGGGUCAUCCUGAGAAAGAUAAAUCAGGAACAAAAAUUUCUGAUGUCUAUAUUGAUAGUUUUAUUGGAGAAAACUUGAGACCGCACCAAGUGGAAGGCGUUAAAUUUAUGUAUGAAUGCGUAAUGGGUAUGAAAGAUUUUGCUGGCAGAGGAAUGUUGUUGGCCGACGAAAUGGGUUUAGGUAAAACAUUGCAGUCAAUAGCACUGAUCUAUACACUCUUGAGAAGAGGACCUUAUGGUAAACCAGUGAUUAAGAAGGCCAUUGUCGUGACCAACUCCUCAUUGGUGAAAAAUUGGACAUAUGAGUUCGAUAAAUGGAUUGGUGAAGACAAGAUCAAAGUCCUCACAGUCACCACAAAGACUGCAAAACAAUCACCAUCUGAAACUUUAAAAAUAUUUAAGGCAGGAUUUCACCAAGUACUAAUUAUCUCGUACAAUCUUUGCACAAAUUAUGUGGAUGAGUUGCAAGAGUGUCAAUGUGAUCUGUUAAUUUGUGAUGAAGGCCACAAACUGAAGAAUGCCAACAUUAAGAUUUUCCAAACCUUGAAAAAGCUCAACACGCCAAGAAGGAUUGUACUGAGUGGAACCCCUCUUCAAAAUGAUUUGAAUGAAUUCUUUACCAUUUGCGAUUUUAUUAAUCCUGGAUUAUUGGGAGAUGCAACAUCUUUCAAAAAUUUGUUCACAGAGCCAAUCAAGAGAGGUCAGGAACCCAAUGCAAAGAAACAAGACAAAAUUCUUGGUGAAAAUCGGUCUAAAGAGUUGAACAAGAUGGUUUCUCAAUUCGUGUUGAGAAGAACUAAUAUGUUAUUGAGAGAACAUUUACCUCCAAAAAUGGAAAUUGUAAUAUUUUGUGGCAUGACUGAGCUUCAAGAGAAUCUUUACAAACAUUUCGUGUUGUCCAAAACACUGAGAGGAUUCAUCAAUGGAACAAUGGACUCCAACAACGCACUUGCUUGUAUUCUUAGUCUUAAAAAGCUUUUAACUCAUCCAAAUAUGAUUUAUCCAGAAAAAGACGAAAACGAGGAGGAGGAUGAAGAUAACACUCAGCUCUUUGAUGAUAUUUGGUCUCAAUCUGAAAAGCUCUUUCCCAAAGAUUUUAAUCCAAGUGGCUCUGAGUACAAGGAGGAAUAUUCUGCAAAACUCACCAUUCUGGAUUGCCUGCUAAAAGAAAUCCAAGAGACUGGUGAUAGGGUUGUCAUUGUUUCCAAUUUUAAAUGUAUUUUAAACGAAGUUGAAAAGUUAUGCAAGCACAGGGAAUACACUUGGUCUAGAUUGGAUGGCUCAACUUCAUCUGACAAGAGAAUGCAAAUUGUUAAUGCCUUCAAUUCUCCAAAAUCGAAGGACUUCAUUUUUCUAUUAUCAUCCAAGGCAGGUGGAUGUGGAUUGAACUUGAUAGGAGCCAAUCGUUUAAUCAUGUUAGAUCCUGACUGGAAUCCAAGUAAUGAUGAACAAGCUAUGGCUCGUGUUUGGAGAGAUGGCCAAAAGAAAAACGUGUUCAUUUACCGAUUGAUUGGUUGUGGUACAAUUGAGGAGAAAAUAUUCCAAAGACAAAUUGUAAAAACGGGACUUUCUAAAUCCACACUCGAUGAGAAGUCCACAAAAUCUCAAUUUUCCACCUCAAUGUUGAAAGAGCUGUUUAAAUAUGAUUCUGAUACCAACUUCACAACAUACAAGCCAGAAGAAAAUGACAUUACUGUGGCCAAAGAAAAGGAUCCUGUUCUUUCGGCUGUACUUGACAAUGAAACGAUCAAAAUUCCAUUCAUUAAGAUUACAUUGGACACUGAAGGAAAAACUAUGAUAACCUCUGAAGAUCAGAACAACAGCGACAAUGAAAGUGACGAUAUGGAAGAUGACGCAAAAUCAGAGGAGGAAGAAUCCACAACGACCAAUGUCACUACAGAAGCACCACCCAAAAAGAGAAAACUGGAUUUGGAAGAUGGAGAAGAUGAAUUCGUUUUUGAAGAUGAGUAA